AUGUCCAUUGCACUAGACUUAUCAUCAAACUAUUUGACCGGUGAACUUCCUGUUGCAGUAGAAAAUCUAAAACAUCUAGGUGAGUUCUAUGUCUCUCAAAAUAGGUUAUCUGGUUGGCUUCCAAAUAGCCUUGGUAAAUGUGCAAGUCUGGAGUACCUAUACAUGGAUGGAAAUUUGUUUGGAGGGCCCAUUCCUUCAUCUUUAAGUUCAUUGAGACGUCUUGUGGAAUUGGAUGUAUCUGAAAAUAAUCUCUCAGGUGGGAUUCCAAAAUUUCUUGUAACUUUUGGGGAAUUAAAGUAUCUAAAUCUCUCUUUUAAUGAUUUUGAGGGAGUGGUACAAAGUGAAGGAGUCUUUAAGAACGCAAGUGCUACAUUCGUUGAGGGAAACAAUAAACUUUGUGGAGGCAACCCCGCAAAGAAGAAAAAGCAGCAACCAACAACAACUUGUGUAGAAAAUUCACUUUUACAAUUAUCAUAUCAAAGCAUCCGAAGGGCUACUAAUGGAUUCUCUACGCAAAAUUUGGUUGGUUUUGGAAGUUUUGGUGUUGUAUACAAAGGAAUUCAUGAAGAGAGUGGAGCAGUAAUUGCAAUAAAGGUGCUUAAUCUUCUAAAUCGUGGAGCAUCCAGGAGUUUCUUGGCUGAAUGUGAGGCCUUAAAGAACACUCGACAUCGAAAUCUUGUUAAGGUAUUAACUGCUGUUUCAGGUUUUGAUUAUCAAGGUAAUGAUUUCAAAGCCUUGGUUUAUGAGUUCAUGGAAAAAGGAAGCUUGGAGGACUGGUUGCAUCCAUCCGUUGACAUGAAUGAACAAGAGACGGUGAGAAACCUGAACUUCUUCCAAAGGGUUACUGUGGCCAUAGAUGUUGCCCACGCACUGGAGUAUCUACACCAUCGUUGCGAGACACCGAUCAUUCAUUGUGACCUCAAGCCAAGCAAUAUUCUACUCCAUGAGGAAAUGGUUGCAGAUAUAAGUGACUUUGGGUUAGCAAAACUCCUUUCUACAGAUAGGGUUAGCUAUUCUGCUAACCAGUCAAGCUCCCUUGGAUUUAGAGGAACUAUUGGUUAUGCUCCACCGGAAUAUGGCAUGGGAAGUGAGUUGUCAACUAAAGGUGACGUGUAUAGUUAUGGGAUCCUCUUGCUAGAGAUGUUUACAGGGAAAAGGCCAACUGAUGAAAGGUUUAAAGAAAGUGUAAGUCUUCACAACUUUGUUAAGUCAACUUUGCCUGAACAAAUUACUGAGAUUAUAGAUCCCAUUCUUCUUCAACAAAGAGUCACUCGAGGAACAAUUGCAAACAUUACACCCAAUAGAAACAUUUUGGGAAAUGGUAGGCAUCUUCAGUGCUUAAUUUCAAUACUCAAAAUAGGACUCAUUUGUUCCAGUGAAUCACCAAGUGAGCGGAUGGACAUGAGUGAUGUUGUCACCAAGCUUUGUUCCAUUAGAGACAAACUUCAUCCAACUCGAUUGCAUCGUGAGGAUUGA